CAGUACAAGAAAGCGGGGGUUGCUUGUGCACGGCAUAGCUGAAUCGUUCAGUGAGCUAGUCUGCAUCAGCGGGUACGAGCAGGUUAUGACUAUAGUGGGAGCCGACGAAGACGUCCCCACUCUUUCCCCUAACCAAUAACCUCUAAAAGCCCUGUGCCCCUGGAACCAUAGUUUUAUCUCUCAGUGGCCGGGAGGCUGCGGCAGUUGUCCACUCUAUAACGUCUUUGGUUUUUAACCCGUGGCUUUUCAGGGAACAUACUGGUGCAUAUAAUUACCCACUCUAAGCUCUGGAGUGUUCAGCAUUGUACCUUUACUCGUCCAGUCAGUGUGCUUAGCACAGGAUACGCUUUACGGUCUUUGAACAUGGCUGUAUCUAACUCACUAUGGGUGUUGGUGUUAAUGACCGCGAUGACGUCAUGUGUAGUAUACGCAGCGCCCACAGGCGUCCUAGAGGAGCCAUUGAUAAAGGAGGAGGAGGUGAUUGGACCAGACACAAAGAUCACAGAGGCAGUGGAAGAGGUCAAACACCUGGACGAUCUUGAUGAAGAUAUCGAAAAGGCUCUGUUGAAGGAAGAGUCUUUGGAAACAAUCGAUUCAGCACCAACCCCUGACGAUAAGCCCGAGGCACCAAAGGAGGAGAAAGAGAUAGUACAAGACGAAGUGGAUGAGGUCAUCAAUGGGAGUAUGGAAGAAGAUACAGAUGAUGUCAUCGACAGUGACGUCAUGGAUGGGGAAGCCCCUUUGGGCAGUAGUGAGUCAGAUCUCCUCGACUACCUUAUGAUGGAACCAUCCAUGGAUUAUUACUCAUUUGAAGAGAGUGCAGUCUCCCCGUGGCUGUACGACCUCCCCAAUGAGCCCAGUUAUAACCAAGAUGAAUCCCAGAUGUGGUCCAGCAACUUUGAUAUUUUCGAUGAGUAUUUAGAGUCCUACUACGGGUCCAGUGCUGUUGAUGACGUGGUUGAUAAUGGAAUAGAUCUUGAUACUCCGGGUGGAGCAUUCGAUGGGAUCCCGGUGGAAGAAAUGAACAACCAGGUUGACCAGACUGUUGACGAGUUCUUGUGUCAGUUGGGAUUGUGCGCUGAUGGCAACGUCCAGUACCAAGACGAAGAGCAACUGGAGCCAAAUGAAAUCCAAUUCACAGAAGAAGGAAUGAUGGGAAACGAGAAUGACGAGGUUCAAGAUGAGAAAGACAUAUACACCAUAGAAACCCAACCCGAGGAUCAAACAAAGGAAGAUACCAAUACUUCCGUGUCAGAUGUCAAAGGUGAAGAUAUCCAGAGUAGUUCUAAGCUGGAUGUUGCAUCAAUGCCUGAGGCCGGUACCAGACAUAGAAGCAAGCGAGACCUUUCCUGGGAUGAUCCAGGCCAAGGUCAAUCUGACCUAAUUGAGAAAAUCAACGCGCUAGAGAGACUACAAGAACAAGACGACGAGGCAACUCAGAUGGACCAGGACCAAGUACUGACCCCACAGGAACGCUUCGAGGAUCUCAUCAAGUACUUUAAAAACGAAGCGGAUGAAAACACCGGCAUGGAGGGUGAGGAGUUCUACGUCGGAGCUCCACUGCCAAAUUAUUAUAACGAGGCUGUUGCGGAGGCAGAAGCAGAUGAAAUCGAAGAGGUUGGAGGAGAAGAAGGUGAUGAGAAUGAGAUAGAAGAAGGAGAGUUCCUUGAGGACGAUGAGAUGCUUGACGGUGAAGAUGAUGAAGAUAGUGAAGAGGAAGGAUGGGGCGCUUUCCUUGUACCAGGUUCACCAUACAGGGAAGGUACUCUCACGUACGAUGGGUACAAACGAGAUGAUGAGAAAGAGUCACUGAAGGUCUAUGUGGAGAGCUUACCGAAUCUUGAAGGUUAUCGCAAGAGGAGUGACCCAUCAGAAUACCUAGAUAUUGAUCCCCGCUCAUCAGAUUUCCGGAGACAAAUUGACCCAAGAAGUCCUCCUGACGAGAUCCGCUACCCUAAAACGGGACUUGAGCCAUUCUCGCGAGAAAAAUAUUUCCCAGUCUUUUCAGCCUCUGACGCCAUGGCAGAUGAAGCGAUACUUGAUCCUGAUUGGACAGUUGGAGUUGAACGUAAUGAUGCACUCGUUAAAUACAAUGAACUGUUGGGUCUUCUGAACACUGAACUUGAAGCCGCCGUUCUGAUAUCGUCCAUCGAAGACAUGGCAGCUGAACUUGGACGGAACCAACUGCUGUUGGAUGAACUCGAGAGAAAAGAAGAAGAGGAUGAACUGCAGCUGGCUUUGGAUAAAAAUAACCAAGAUAUACUAGGUUUCAUGAAUGCUGAAAACAGCCGUCAAGUGAAGAGAACCCCUCGAGUUAUUGACUACCAGGAUUUUAACGAGUACCCGCCGGUGUUUCAGAGAUCUUUCUCGCCGACUGGGAGAGGUCUGGAGAGCUUGAGUGAUGAUGAGCUUCUUAGUCUGUACAACGAGUACCUCCAGGAAGCUGAUGAGGAGGAUAACUGGGGCGACUUUGUGGAGCAGCCACGGACGAGACGUGAUGGCGAGGAUGCCUUACUAGGUCCCCACGUGGGUUACUACGUCCAGGGGAGGAUGAUUGGAGACCUCAUGAAGCCCAAACGCAAUGAGGAAGAUGGGUACCAGAAUCCAUACAUCCUACUUCAACCCUCUGAUCUCGGCUACGAGCAGUGGCCCGGUGACUUCGAUGUCUACUACGACACGAGAGAUGGGAGCUUCAUCAUGGACCAAGAACCAAUUGAAGCCAUGCCUGUUUCGGAAGAUGCCUUACUUGACGCUCUUGGAAUGUCAGGAAAUAUAGUCGAAGAUAACGAGGGGGAGGAGGAAGAGGAGGAGGACGGGAGAUGGGGAGAUUUUAAAGACAACAUUGAUGACUUUCAAGAUGAUUUAGAGGAAAUUGACUUUGACAUCGGCCAACUGGAAGAGCUUCGCCGACUGACGGAGUUUGCCGAGGCCUUGAAUGAAGAAGAUAAGAAGUUUGAAGAAGAAGAACUACUGAGGGCGCUACUUUUGAAUUGAAGCUGAAGUCUACAGAAUACAGGAUAUGUAGAUCUUAUCAAAGGCCCAAAUUGCUAUCAUAACCAAGGCAACGUCACAAAAGACAAUAAAAGGGAAUUCCCAGCAUUCACCACAAUCGACUGAACAGAAAUUUAUCAAACUAUUCUCUAACGAAGAAAAUGAGUCGCCAGAAGUGUGAUUACAAUUUAGUUGGAUGUCUUUUAAACGUAUGUUUUGUUUUUCAUAAAAGACAACAAGUUGUGUAUUGUUGCCAUAAUUUGAUUGAGCAAAUUUAAUUUGGGGAAAGCUAUUGUUAACUAUCUUAGUAUAUUGCCGUAUGAUGUGAACGUUGUAAAGAAUAUCAUAUCAUGCUUUGAAUAUUGAUUAGCUCAAGUUAAGUAUAAGUCUAGUGUGUACAUUCCGAAAAUAUAUUUUAUUUUUGAUGUUAUAAAUAUGAAAUAGUAUUAAUCAAGCACAAUGAAAUACCGGUAUGGUACUUAAAGUUGUUAUGAUGGAUAAACUGUGUGUCUAAAAUCAAUAUCUGUAUAGGAUUAGAAGAAUAGAAUAAUAUAACAAACAAAUUAAUAUAAUUAUUACUGUGCACAAAAUACGCAAAAUAAUGCGGACUAAAAUUUAUGUGCAAUAUUUUUUGUUCUAAAAAGGUGCAAUUAAACUAUGGUUGGAAAUGGUGCGGUGUGCUUUAAGCUUAAAAUAAUUAUUUUAUUUUUCAAAAAUAUGACAUUUUGCUGCACUUACAUGUGUAAGAUAGUAGUUAUAAACUACAGUUUGGGAUUAUUUGGUUUUCGUUGAAAGGCUUUCUUACAGGAAUAUUUAAUCAACGAAAAAACUUAAUGCAGAUGAAUAUUUUCAACCAAGAUGCUUUGUAAAGCGUCUUGUAAGAAAACUUUGGUCUAACUUUUUCGUCAAAAUGAGAAGUUACAAAAUCUUGAAAACAAAACUUACCUUCAAUCGUUUUGUUUAAAAAUAGAGAAUGACAUUUCUCAUCUCAUUAAUGAAUUAAAUCAAAUUUCAAGGCUUGAGUUCUUUAAGAACUAACUGUCUUGAUUGACACAACUAGAUUGGUUUUAAUGAAUGUGCACGUUGCAAAUAAAAUAAUCUGAUUUCACAUAGCUGUUUCAAAGUAGAAACCAUUGCUUAAUCAAAUUCCCUGCAAAGCUAAUUAGAUGAAAACCAGUCAUGAAUAGAUCAUACUAAACAUCUUUAUAUUAUACAAUGUAUUGGUGUGUAUUUGCUGAGCACGUUUUUUUUCUCUGAAUAUGAGCUCUUUGGUUUUGGACUAUUUUUAGUGAUAUCAUAUUUAAUAUUAUUAGCUUCAAAGGCUAAAGUUCUUUAUUUUAAACACUAUGUACACGCUAGAAACCAUUGUAUUUUCACCUUUAAUUGUAUUGUCAGCUACGUCACCAGUAGAAUUGUAAAACCCCACUGUCUGAGUUUCAGUUAAUUGUUCUAACAAUAUUUACUGAAUUUAAACAAAAGGAUAGAUAGGUUUCAGAAAGAACGAUGCACUUUAAAGAAGUUGCAUCCUUCGGAAUUUUGUUUCCGUGGAUGACUUUGAUGUUUUCAUUCACCCGAUAUUUUGUUUACUUUUAAUUGUGGUUACUUUAGUCUUCUUCGACAGUUUUGGAUGCCACGCCUUAUGAUACGAUCAUUUCUUUUCGGCCAUGCUUCAAUCCCAACCUAUUUAGACAAAUCUGUGGCUGCGGUUGUUGCUGAAGGAAGACUAUGCACAAAAUAACAGCCGCAACCGUAAAUUCAGAAACGGUUAAUGUCUCGAUAGUAGUGUAGUCUGAUAGAUAAUGAAAUACUUGGCAGUGUAACUAAUGUCAGGAACACAUGUUGUUUAGCACUAUUACCGGCAAACUGAUUAUCACGUCUCACUCAAGAAUUGUGCAUUGUAAGAUUUUUUUUUUUUCACCCACAUUGGUAAUAAUUAAACCCACUAUAGCAUUAGAAGAGGUGGUCAUCA